GCCCUGAGAAGCUACGACGCACGGUUUUCAGUCCCAAGGUGCCACUGUCCCCUUCUCCUCACACCACAGGACGCUCGAGUGCGCACGCUCGCUGCUCCUUUACCAAGCGCUGCGCAAUUGGAAACCAUGAAGGUGCUACAGAUGCUCUAAGUUUGUGCAACCUCGGUCCCCCUGGUGGGAGAGAGUAGGCACUGCACCCAAAGCAGUGGCUGUCAUCUGAUGUGCCUGCACAGUUACAUUCUCUGAAGCUUUCCCAGGAUCUAGAGCUCCUUCUGAUCCAUUAUGGAGGGAGUGGCAGUGGAUAACCUCAUAGACUUUGAUUUACCAUCUGAGUCCAGUUCUCUCACUGUGGUUGAAGGACAAAACCAGGGUCACAUGGACAUCUUCUCCCCAGAGCCGGCCUCCUCUAGGGGGCUGCGACAGGACACACUGCUUGAGCCCCUAGCCCCUACAAAAGCAUCCUCCCAUCACCAUCAUCACCAUGACAAUGAUGACAGUGAUGCUACAGAGUCCGCCGACAGUGAGAACGAUAUGGACCCCCCUUCUCAUGUGUGGGACGAACGGCGAUCCUCUUCAUCAUCCAGUCACAGUGUGGAAGAUGCUGACCCUGAUGCACUAGAGAGGAGGACCUUUAUGAAGGCUUAUGUAGACAAGAUCUUCCAUGGAAAUGAGGAGUUUGAUCAAGAGGAGAAAGCACGUUUUGGAGAGUUGUGCAGUGGAGAGAAUGGAAAAGGCAGAGAGUGGUUUGCCAAAUACGUCAGUGCACAGCGAUGCCACUCCAAAUGUGUGAGCGAGCCUACUUUCUACCGCCUGGUGCAGUCUUUUGCCGUUGUGCUGUUUGAAUGUUACCAGAUGGAUGAUUACACACCAGCUAAAAACCUAAUGACCAUGUGUUUCACCUUUUAUUACAUUGGAAAAGCACAGCCACCCCCAUCAGAGCUGUUGGAGCGGGGGACUCCUCCUGUGGGCCUGGACUCAUAUCUGAACAAGGCCAACUCGUGGCUCACAGGGAAAAAGGACGCAGCGGAACGACUGCUCAAGACCACAUCCAAGAGUGAUGUGAAAGGCUUUUUCGGAGGGCUGGAGAGCAAACUGAGGAGCUCCAUGGCAAACAAGACUGAGGAUGGAGGAAGCCCAGUGGAAAAGCCCACAGCCCCAGUGUCAGAUGCUACUGAGGAAAAGAAAGGGGACAAAGUGUACCUUUACACCCACCUCAAGCAGCAGCCCAUUUGGCACACACUAAGGUUUUGGAAUGCAGCCUUCUUUGAUGCGGUUCACUGUGAGCGAAAGAAGAGGUCUCCAACCACCAGAGAGAAGUGGUGUCACAUGAGCCAGCAGGAAAAGGACGACAACUCCAAGAUCGAUGAGAACAUUGCAUUUGGCCAGCUGGGGACAUUCACUCAUAAUAUGUUGGCGUUUGGGCUCAGUAAGAAGCUCUGCAAUGAUUUCCUUAAGAAGCAGGCAGUAAUAGGAAACCUCAAUGAAGAGCAGUACAAGUUGCUGACGGAGCACAUAGAGAAAAUGGCGGUGGAGUGAACGACUGAAGCACUUGGACCACAGUCAGGAUCACAGUCAGGUUUCUGGCCUGUGAGCUGUACUGAACUGCUGUGCCAUUCUGUAGCAAUUGCUCUGCAUAUCAGCAAUAAGACCACACCAUCAGCUGGGUAUUAAUAAUCGAUACCUGCCUCUCUCUCGCUCUAUCUAUCUAUCUAUCUAUCUAUCUAUCUAUCUAUCU